AUGUCAAGAAGGUUGUAUAGUGAAGUUGCUUCAGGCACUUCUAGCGAUUCGGAAGUGCCUGAACUCCCCAGCACCUGGCUGGAAGAAUACCAGGACGAAGAUGAAUACACAGCAUUUCAAAAAGCAAUAUCUUUAAGCAAGGUGAUUUGUUCAUUUAUUUUAUUCUAUGUUUAAUUCCAACAGCAACGCCGUGUGAAAAUUAAAUAUCACUUCGCUUGAUCAUUUAUUUUAGGAAACAAUGCCAAUGCCAGACAAUUUCGUCGAUUUGACCGUGUCUCCGGCUAAAAAGAAGGCGAUUUUGCCGAUUUGCAAUGUGAGUUUCAUUUAUUUAACUGUCAUUUUAUUUAAGUUAUUAAAUAGUAACUAGAAUUCAUGUUAUCAUUAUGUUGUUAUAUUUGCUGUUAUUUCUAUUUCCUGUUAUUAUAUUUUAUGUUAUUAUAUUUUAUAUCCUUACAGUGUUAAAUAUCCUGGCUAUAGUUUAUAAUCUGUGACUGCGUAGAAAGGUUUCACAUUAUUAAAUGAGUAUUAUAAACACUUAAAAAUCAAGAUUAUUGUGUUGGGGCCGAUGGGGUACAUUUUUUAAAUCGAUAAAAAAUUGGGGGUCGGGGUACAAUUUCAGUUCUAUCAAUUUCAUACGGAGGCCCCCGUAAAGGGAAAAAAAAAUUUUCAAACCAUAUUUAUUAAAAAAAGUUGAAAAACGUGAGAUACGUCUGUGACACCACCCUCAAUGGUUUAAUAUUUCAUUUUUGUGUUUGAAAAUGCCCUUUUUGAAUCAUAUCUUAUGGAAAUUUGCUCCCAUCUUACACCCUUUUGGCCAAUGUAGGGGGUCGUGCACUCCCAUAUAAACCUUCCCCCCCCCCCCAGUAAAUCGAUCUCUAACUCUUUUUAUUAUUAAAUUAGAGUGAUGAAAGCACAACCGAAGGCGAAGGAAAUCCUUCUAUCUUACGUUUUAAAGAGCAAUGCAGAAAACCGGCCGCUAGCAAAGUAAACAAAACAAUCUAUUUUGACUGCCUAAACGCUGAAAGUGUUUAGAACAGAAUUUUUAUAUUAGUAGUAUUUAUUAUUAAUGUGUUAAUAAUGAAAUUUUACAAAUUUCAACCAGAAAAGGGCACUGAAGUUUGAAUCCUGGGAGGAAGAAGAAUACAACCCUGGCGUUCCUGUUCUUCCUCGUGGUCUUGGAGGCAACAGGUUUACCAACCUGAAGUCACAGGUAAGUUUCGGAUGAUCUUUUAUGUAUAGAGCUAUUUCAAUCAAGGUUGUCCACGAGCAAAGCGGAAAAGUCGAAUACGAGCGCGAAAGGCUGCUGGGAAUCGCUAAUAAAUUCAUUUAUUUGUGAACGAUUCCCAGCAGCCUUUUGCGCUCGUAUUCCACUUUUCCGCUUUGCUCCGCGGACAACCUUAAUUGAAAUAGCUGUGUAUGGAGUUUACAUUUAGUCAGUUUAAAUCUGUAAACAGGGCCGUGCUAAGCGGUAUCUGAUUGGGGGAGGGGAGCUAAAUUAAAUAGGGCCCCUUCCUCUCGGGGACCCUUCUCAAAAACGUCCGGAAAGCAAACAUUUAAUUUCUCCAAAUUUUUUUCCAAACAUUAGUUUUCGAUGAUGGGGACUUAAAAAUACUUUUUCAGACAUUUUUCGACCUCAUUCAGUUUUCAGAAAAUUCCUUAAUAUUUAACACGUUCCGCAAUUCCAGCAUCCCGGGGGCCCCAGGGCUAGUUGGCCCCCUUUUUUAACUUUUCUUUGGGAAUAUUACACCUUUCCCCAGCACACACACCCCAGUAGUUCCGGUCCUGUCUGUAAAUGGCAUACUAUUCGUGGAGAUACGUUCAUUGUUUGUUACCUAUACAUGUACAAUGCAUUUGUACUGGUGUAUCUAAUUUAAUGUUGUGUUUAGAAAAAAAUCACAACGCCACCUCCCGAGCUGGUAACAGUGAUUUCAAGUGAUGAUGAAAAUGACGUUCAAGUAGGUUUGUUAUUAUUUCGCUUUGACGACUAUACUAUUGGAAUUUAGUUCUGAAAUGCAUUAUUAAUUCUUUUUGUUUUAGUCUAUAAUGUACUCUAUGUUCGUUUUGAUUCUGUAUAGGAAGCGGUAAACUUCAGCCACAUUACGCGGUACACGGAUAGAAGAGUGAAGACUGAGGCGAGCUCUAGCAAAUCAUCUAACAAUAGAAGAUUGAAGACCAAGACUAGCUCUAGCAAAGUUUCUUGUGACCAUGAGGCAGAGAAAAUCAAUAAACGUUUUGGUUGCAAGGUGGAUGAAAGCUCACUGACAAGUGCAGUAUGUAGUAGUCAGGUGAGUAGUUGUGUGCAAAAACGAUCAACCAUGUGCACUUUCAGAUUUAAGUAGGAUCAGACCAGACUUAUGGAUGAAUUUAUUGACGUCCAAUGUAUCUAUCGGCUUUUUUACGUAAUUCAACUGUUAAAGACAAGUUGUCAUCUUAGUGAAUUUGUCCCAAGCGAGAGCAUCAAUGCAGCACUUGCUUUGCAAUAGUAGCUGCUGAAAAAAUGAUUAAUAAUAAUAAUGAUGUUGAUGAUUUUUAUUAAGUUCGUUACUGUUAUUACUAUUCUAUUUACAAAAGAAGGAUUAAACGGAAAACUAAAUAAAGGAAUGACUAUAAAUAGAUAAGUAAAGUGAUAAUGACAACAAGGCAUAUAAAGGGAUGUCUCUUUGAGCAUAAAAUUUAGAUAUAAUAAAAAUGCACGAUUACGUAAACGCUGCUAAUCCCAAGGUGAAAAUCCAAUCCUGAUUCGCUUCCAGCGACCAGUGAACAUGAAAAUAAAUUUAUAGUUCAUGCAGGUAUUUCAGGUGAUGAUGAUUAUGAUGACAUAUAUUAAUAAAUACAUAACACAAUUUUUCAAGUCUUCAGAAAGUAUAAUUGCUGAUUUACAAUUUUGCUAGGAUGAAAGUGAUAUGUCGUCUGAUGACGAUUCUCAACUUAAGGAACCCUGGGGACAAAGAAAGAUUGGUCCACAACAUUGGAAUGCUGUGCCUAUCCAGGAAGUGGCAAAACUUCCAGAAGGAAUAAACGGAGUAUGCUGCUACCGCAUCCUUUGUGACAUUAAAGAUACAAAAACAAGGCUUGCCGCCCUUAAAGAUGGCAGAAUCUGGAAAAAAGAUACUAGAACCGACUGGGCAGGAUAUGGCCGGGUACGAUAUGCUAAUUGUAAAGGCUCAUAUAAAUGUGCCAACAGCAAAUGCAUGUACCUUGUGGAGUACGGUGUUGUUAAUUCAGUACAAUUUAAGAACAUAGAUGGGCAAAUGUUAUGUUCUCUUUGCGAGUCGAAACCAGAAUACACCCCAUGUGAUGCACGCAGGUAUUUGGCAAUCACGAGCAACGCUGUAAAAGUCUAUCACCACGGAAACCAUACAUGUAACGUCAAGCCAUCGUCGGAUAAGUCUAAGAAAAAAGAUGACGUUGUCAAAGAAUAUUUAAGAAAGAACCCUGAUGCAAAGCCUUCUCAGGUACAAUCUGCUUACAUCCUGUCCAUGGUUCGGAACCGACAGGAAUGGUCGAAAGUUGACAAACAGGCGGAGAUGCUCCUAAAUACAAAAUGGAUUUCGAAUAAAAAGCAAGAAAUAAGGAAGGAAACAGAACCUCAUGGGAAUAACUUUGAAGCAGUUGCAAAUUUUAAACAAUAUUGUGACCAAAACGACCCGUUUUACAUCUACAAAAUGAACGACAAAAGAGGCAACCCAGAUAAGCCUUCGUUUGUCUUUAAAUCCAGUUCCUUAAAGGCAAAAAUCGCCAUCAACAUGAAUAAAGACAAGGAACAUUUUCUGUCACAAGAAUUUUGUUUCUUUGACGGCAAACAUAAGAGAGCGAAAGGAUAUGUCACUCUUACAGCCAGCGUUUAUCAUCCACUUCUUCGGCGCCAAAUUCCAUUAGCAACCAUGGAUGCUGAGGCGGAAGACUCGCGCAACGUUACUCUAUUUUGGGAGCUUUUUAAUGAAGUGAUUCAGAAGGUUUCCGGUGGCGAGAUAAGAUGUUUCAACCCCAUUGGUUGGUGUACCGACAUGGCUGGCUCUAACCUUAGUGCUAUACAAAAUGUUUUCGGAGAGGAGGCAAUUCACCGAAUCAAGACGUGUGAAUUCCACUUUAAAGAAUCGGUAAACCGCCGGUCCCGAUUUUUCUCUGGUGUCAAAGUUAAUGCUUUUAAAGAACUUGCGGUUCAGCUUUUAGAAUGUGUGACACCUGAAUGUUACGAGAACACAAAAGAAAAGCUAAAAGCGUUUAUUGAAAGAGAAGGAAACAAAUUAGUUGAUUGGUUGGAAUGGUGGGACCUAAGAAAGGGAUUUGUGUUUCGAGCAUUUGCACCAUUUGGUCCACGAAUGAACCAAGCUGAAAGUGUACAUGGCGGCUGGGCAAAGAAAGACCCUCCGAACAUGACGUUACUUAAAGUGGCUGAAGCUGAUGUUCGCGAAAGCAAAAUAUUAGAUGUGGAAUACGAAGGUUUAAAGAUGGGAACAUCGACAGCAAGAGGAUGGGGACCUUCUUGCACAGAGAGACAACGAACAACGCACUUGAGAGAAAUUGAAGCGGCCAAAAAACUUGGCGAAGAAAUGUUUGGACAGGACAACAGUCGAAAUGGAAGGGUUAUCGAUCAAAAUUCGUCACAUAGACCACCAGAAAAGGUUGUACCAUCGACUAAACGAAAAUCGAGAAGAGGAGAAAAAACGAAAAACAAAAAACAAAAAUCACAAUCAAAAAAGGAUAACGAACGUCCACAUAUCAGAACUGAGAAGAACCGCGAUAUCCAAUCUCUAAAUGGUGCAAUUCCUAUUUCUUCAACGCCUGCCAGACAAGUGCCUCAAUUUGGGACUUUUGUGAUUGGCUUGCUUCAGUAUAAACAUCCUUCCGUGAAAACUUGUUAUGGAUGUGGAGGAGAGCUUAAGCCUGGAGGCAUGAUUCCUGAUUCACCGCAGGACUUAGUUAUUGUAAGCGGAGAUAAACGUAGUUACUACAAUGUUAGUACCAAGACAAUGACCCAGAAUCAGAAGAUAUCAAAUGUGUAUUUCCAUUUAAACCCAAACUGUGUAACUCUGCGCUAUCAGUAUUUCAGUCGCGGUCUCGUGAAAGUACCACAAGAUCUAAUCCCGUUCUUGGAACAAGCACAUAAAGAUAUUUUAAAAGAAGUUAUAGGGUUAUCAACUCCAUGAAAGAUAAACCUAGUUGAACAAUUACUUCGAAACAUUUAAUUCCCGUGUUAGGGCUGUUCGUAUGAGCCGGCUAAUUUGAGUCACGAAAAUCUUUCCUUGGCCA